AUGGCCGAUUCCGAUAUGAAUAAUGAUAUUAACACUCUUGGCAGCACAGCUGCUGAAAAUGCCGUUCUUGAAACUGAGAAUGAAGUGCCAUUAUGGGCAAUCAUUACUAUAUCUAUUUUGUCAUGUAUGCUCGUUUGUACUACAAUUGCCUUUUUAAUUAUAUACUUUAGAGAAAGGGAAAGAACGAAAACUCGAGAAAGGAUUGAAAAGCAAUUUAGAAUGGCAGAAACAAAGAAGUUGACCAGAUAUUUACAGGCACUGAGAGAAAGGAUGAUGUUUAGAAACCACAAUGCUCAAAUGAAUCGUCAGCCUAACCCCAACUUCCAAAAUGGAUUCCCUGUUAACGCUGGCCCUCCAAGAGCUCCUGUACAAUUCAUUCAUCCUCCUCCAGUUGGGCCACCCCCGCCUCAACCACCCCCACCUCAACCACCUCCACCUCAAAUAUUUAAUCAAAUGGGUCAUCCUAUUAAUUAUCCACCUCAAAUUCAACAACCAGUUUUCACCAAUGCUCCACCGUUUGCCCCACCAGUAAUUCCACCACAAAACUUUGCACCCAAUUGUGCUCCUCAGCCAAUGAAUAUACCGCCUCCUAACUCUCCUCCAGUAAACCCAAAUGUUACCCAAGGUACAAUUUCUUUAACUGUUCACGAUCCAUCAUUAAUUCCGGAAGGUCCACCUCCUAUUCCUCCUCCUGGAUAUGUAACCGUUCCAAUAGUUUUGCAAAAUGAAAAUCACUAG